AUGACAGCCAACCACGAUUCCAGUAACGGUACACAUCCCUUCAGAAUGAAGAGGCUGGAGGAAACAGAGGUGGAAGAAGGUGUUCGAUACCGCCCGGCACCGCAGAGUCCACCUGACUCCGUCAGCAAUGAGACCACAGAAUCUGCAGAGACUACUGGAUUCUUUGCCAGAGGAAGGGACUAUGAGAGUGCAUACAUUAAUCACCAUUAUUCGAAAGCUGAGCGAGAGUUGUUGGGCACCUAUGAAAGUUUGGAUUAUUUACCGCCCCAUAGUCAGGCUUAUAAAAAUUGGCUGAGAAAGCAGCCAGCAAGGCUAGACUGGGAUCGCUGGGUGAUGAUGGGUAUGAUUGGGUUCAUUGUAGGUAUUAUCGGAUUCCUUAUACAUCAGUGUAUUGAUGUUAUAUCUGAUUUCAAAUGGGAUAGAGCAGAAGAAUUGAUACAGGAUGAUGAAAUUAUGAAAGCUUGGGGAUUUGUUCUCAUCUACAGUCUGGGAUUUGUUCUUCUUGCUUCAUUACCUGUAGUGUAUCUGAGACCCUCUGCAACUGGUUCAGGUAUCCCAGAACUCAUUGGGUAUCUGAACGGAACAAUGGUGGGAAAAAUAUUCAAUGUUAAAACAUUGGUUGUGAAAAUAUGGUCUUGUAUAUGUGCGGUUGGCAGUGGUAUGCCGGUUGGACCAGAAGGACCAAUGAUACACAUAGGGUCUCUAGUCGGUGCUGGUUUGAGUCAAUUUAAAUCAGAUACACUUGGAUUUAAACUGCCUUAUUUCACAAGAUUUAGAAAUUCUGAAGAUAGACGUAACUUCAUAUCCGCUGGUGCGGCCGCUGGGGUAGCAUCAGCAUUUGGUGCUCCUGUUGGCGGAUUAUUAUUUUCGAUGGAAGAGGUUUCGUCGUUUUGGAAUCUAAAACUAUCUUGGAUGACUUUUUUCUGCUGCAUCAUAUCGACUUUUACAACUGAUCUUUUUGAUUCUGCGUUCAGCGGAUUUCAAUAUACUGGUUAUUUUGGAAUGUUCAGUGCAGAGAAAAAUAUUAUGUUUCAGGUGAGGAAAGGUCUUGAUGUAAACUUGUGGCUGUUUAUACCAACUGUCAUACUUGGUAUCAUCGGUGGACUUCUCGGAGCGUUAUUCGUCUUCAUCAAUCUAAAACUAGCGAGAUUACGCCGACUGGUGAUGAGAAAACUUGCGAAAAUAUGGAAACAAAACAUAGCAAAGUGGAUCGAACCAUGUAUCAUUAUGAUAAUCUUUGCAACUCUAACUGUGUUUCUGCCAGCUCUUUUUUCAUGCAGUCCUUUUACGUGCUAUUUACAAGGGGAAAAAGUAUCGCCGGAUACAUAUAGUCCUAAUUGUCUGACAACACCAACAGAAAUUGAGCCUGAACCAACUGUUAGUAUUUACAAUUGUGAACCUGGUGUCAAGUUUAAAAAUGAAACUAGUCAAUGGUCUAAUGCAUCAUACAGUGAAUUGGCGACGUUGAUGUUUGUAACUGGUGAAGAAGCAAUAUCUCAUUUAUUUUCACGUGAAACUCAUUUAGAAUUUAAUUACCCCUCAUUAUUGACGAUGUUGGUUGUCUAUUACCCGCUUUCCUGCUGGACGGCCGGUACUGCCAUGUCAACGGGAUUGGUCGUGCCCAUGCUCCUAAUUGGUGCACUGUACGGCCGUAUUAUUGGUCUUAUCAUGGUCUCUAUAUUCGGUGUGCAGACAGAGGAGAAUCCAUAUUGGGCUUGGAUGGACCCUGGUGCGCUGGCGUUGAUUGGAUCUGCGUCAUUCUUUGGCGGUGUAUCUAGAUUAACAAUGUCAUUAUCAGUUAUCAUGAUGGAAAUCACGAAUGAUAUCCAGUUUUUGCUGCCAAUCAUGGUUGCCAUUGUUGUGUCUAAGUGGGUUGGUGAUUUCUUUACUCAUCCAAUCUACCAUGCGUUAUUGGAAUUUAAAUGUAUUCCGUUUCUGGACCAUGAACCUAUCAUUUAUGAUGAACACAAUAAAGCCGUUAAUCUAGAGCUGCAUUAUGCCCGUGAUGCGAUGGUAUCGCCUGUAUUGGUGCUACACACGAGGGAAACUGUACACAAACUUGCAAGUCUCCUUCGUGAUACGAAACAUGGUGGAUUUCCUAUUGUUAAAAGUGAUGAGAACGGAGAUAGGCGAUUUUUAGGUCUGAUUACAAGAACAGAAUUAUGUGUUUUGUUAAAACAAGAAGAUUUAUUUGAAGCAGUGGAGGAACCGAGCGACGAUGCUCCUGAACUCACGCCAUUAGAAUACCAAGAGCUGAUUGUUGACAAAAUACCAAUUGGUAUGGAGGAUGUCUUAGAUGAGUUGUGUAAUAAUGAACAAAAUCAAAAUCUGUAUCUUAACCUGGCACCUUACUACAACCAAUCAGCCUCAUGCGUCCAUGAGAACUUUUCGCUUCAUCGAACGUACAUUAUUUAUCGAACAAUGGGACUACGUCACCUCACAGUUGUAGACCGGCAUAAUCAAGUUGUUGGUUUUUUGACACGUAAGGACUUGAUGGGUUUUCAAUUGGAAGAGACAAUGGCAAGAUUAGAUUUACAAAACCAAGAUAUGGGGGCUGCGAACGUUGAGCUCUCAUCAAUGGAUGCCUGA